AAAAAUUUCUUUGGUGCAAGAACUUCGCCAACUUUAGUCUGUGUUGUGUAUCGCUCCCGCUUUUGUUUCGAAAUCGUUAUUUUCCCUUGACCCAAUAAUUAUACGUAAACUUUUAAAGGGAAAAAAUUAGUUUACACUUCUGCUUAAUACGGAUCGACUUUUUAACAUAAGGUAUACUUUAGGAACGAUCCAACAUGUCAUAUUCUCCUGGUACGGUAGUUUACGCAAAACUUAAGGGAUAUCCUUGGUGGCCAGCACGAGUUGAAGUCGAAGAGUCAUUACCUUCCACAGUUAUUUCUAAAAAACCGAAAACACCUAAACCAAUAAUCAGUGUUAGAUUUUUCGGAUCUAAGGAUUAUGGCUGGUUUGGGAGCAACGAUAUUAAACCAUUUGAUAAGAAAGAUGCUGAAUUGACAUUGCAAAAAAUGAAAAAUAAGAAACAUGACAAAUUGUUGGAAAGAUCUAUUCGUGAAGCUUUAGAUCCUUCAUCUUCAUCCUUUGAUGACCCUAUGGAUGAAGAAGGUGCCGAUGAUGAUGUAGAAUCAGAAUCUGAUGUGGAAUUAGAAAAUGAAAGUAAGAAAUCAAGUGAAUCUUUUGAAAAUGAGGACGAAGAAGAGGGAGAAUAUACAAAAAAAUCAAAGAGUCGUAAUAAAGGAAAUAAGAAAAAUAGAAAACCCACAUCAAUUAAAAGUUCAGAACAUCGUAGAACAUCAUCAUUAAGUCAAAAGAAAAAGUAUCGUAGUUAUUCAUCAGAAGAUGAGGAUGAUGUGGAUCAUGGCGGAAAAAGUGGAAAGAAGCGCAGAGCCAGCGAAGGUUCUGCUUUAGAAAAAGCUUCUAAGCGUAAACAUAGAAAAAUAGACUAUACUGAUGAUGAAGAGGAGAAAAUGGAUUUGGAUAAUGGGAAGAAGGAACGUCGGCAGAUUAUUAAAAAAGAGGGUUCAAAAUCACCGGUCAAAUCUGAUAAUGAAUCACCUGAAGGUGAUGUAAAUGACAAGGACGAAAAUAAAUAUAAUAAGGAUGAUGAUGCAGGUUUUGAAAGCAAGUCAAGUAGAAUGGAAUCUGAAAGUCAUCAUCGUUCGUCUAAAUCGCGACAGUCGAGAACACCUAGUGAUAAAUUACUUCAUUUGAGACAUAGACUUCAGAGAAUGACUUUGAAAGACGAUAUUGAGAUAUUAGACACGGAAAAGAUUGAUGAAGUGUUUACUGAAGUUGAAAAUUUUCAUAUUACUAUUCCUUUAUUGAAGGAAAGUAAAAUUGGUAAACUCAUGAGAAAAAUUGCCGAAAAAAAUAUUGAUCCAGACCCGAAAAGAAUUAUAGAACGAAGCAAUGAGUUAAUCAGGAAAUGGAAAUGCUUGUUGGAAGCACCUACUCAUGAAGGAUCUGAUGAGGAAACAUCACCUAAAACAGUUACUCAAAUUGAGGGUGAAUCACCAAAUCGAGAAGCUGUUAAUAGCGAAGAAAGCAGUCAGCCUUUGCCUGGUGAACAAGAAACUGAUAACAAAAAUCAAGAAAAUUUCGAUAGUAAUAAUGUGAAGGAAGAUAAAGAAAGGCUCCCAUCAGCUAUGGAUGUCGACGAAAUUAAUGAUAUUCAACCAGAAAUUAGUGAGGGAAAACAGAUAGUUGAAAGUAAAGAUAACAUCGUCACAAACGGAUCCUCACCUGCAGCUAACAAUCAAGAAGUGAACAGUCAUGAAAAAGAAGAUUUUAAUAAUAAAACUUCUGAAUUGUGAAUUGUGAAUUGUGAAUUGUGA